AUGUCUGAGGUCGAACAAGCUCAGCACCCUCAAAUUCCUGCUCCAAACGAGGAGACAAUAUUCGAUAAAAUCGCUAGCAAGCAAAUUCCAGCCAAUAUUGUAUAUGAAGAUGACUUAGUCAUGGCAUUUAGAGAUAUUUCUCCACAAGCUCCCGUGCAUAUUGUUCUUAUUCCUAAGCACCGCGAUGGACUGACCCGCCUUCUUGUCGCUGAAGAAAGGCAUAAAGCUUUACUAGGACAUAUGAUGUGGGCUGCUUCAGAAGUUGCAAGACGUGAACAUUUAGAAGCUGGAUGGAGACUUACAGUAAAUGAUGGAGUCUGGGGAAGUCAAUCUGUGUAUCAUCUUCAUUUCCAUAUACUAGGAGGACGUCAAAUGGGGUGGCCUCCAGGAUAA